UAUAUACUAUAAAUAUUUAAUGCCACCCGUAACGCACAAGUCCACGGUUAGUUCCAUUUAAUUCACCAUUAUAGUAAAAUUGACAGCAAACUCACUUACUGUAGUGUGCUCAACCAGGGGCAUUUGGAUUCUAACAUUGAUAUAGCAAGGAGGCUAAAUAUUAAUUUAGCAAGUUAGAUUUGUUUAAGAGUGACAUUUCAGCGAAUACAAAUUCGGAUUAUAUAUAUAGACCCACGUAUUAAAGAAAGGUAAGGUAGAAUAGCAAUUUUCUCAUCAGCAACGGAGCCUCGUAAUUAAUCCACCAGCUCUCCCGCCACGUGUCCCCUCCCCUCACUCCUUCGUCCUAACGCGGCGGAAGCCAUCAGCGAGGGAGCCACUCCUCAGAUCGAGCUGAGCUCCUCCUCCUCCGGUAACCCCCUCUCCUCGUCCUCGAGAUGGGGCAUCAGCAGCAGCAGGAGGAGGAGAACCUCACUCUCCUCCCCACCACCACCAUGUCCGCCGCCGGGGCGGGUGCGGCGGGGGGGCGGGCGUUCACGGUGGGGCUGGUGGCGGCGUGGUACGCCUCCAACAUCGGGGUGCUCCUCCUCAACAAGUUCCUCCUCUCCACCUACGGCUUCCGCUACCCAGUCUUCCUCACCGCCUGCCACAUGUCCGCCUGCGCCGUCCUCUCCUACGCCGCCGCCGCCGCCUCCUCGGCCCCGCGCACGCCGCCGCGCUCCCGGGGGCAGCUCGCCAGGGUGGCGCUGCUGGGGGCCGUGUUCUGCGCCUCCGUCGUCGCCGGCAACGUCUCGCUCCGCUACCUCCCCGUCUCGUUCAACCAGGCCGUCGGCGCCACCACGCCCUUCUUCACCGCCGUCCUCGCCUACGCCGUCGCCGCGCGCCGGGAGGCCUGCGCCACCUACGCCGCCCUCGUGCCCGUCGUCGCAGGCGUCGUCAUUGCCACCGGGGGCGAGCCAAGCUUCCAUCUGUUUGGUUUCAUAAUGUGCGUCGGCGCAACCGCCGCGAGGGCGCUCAAGACCGUGCUGCAGGGGAUCUUGCUGUCAUCAGAAGAGGAGAAGCUCAACUCCAUGGAUCUCCUCCGUUACAUGGCUCCGGUUGCUGUCAUCCUGCUGAUUCCAGCAACACUGAUCAUGGAGCGCGACGCGCUCAGUAUGGUAACCGUGCUGGUGCGGGAAGAUCCGAGUUUUAUUUGGAUAUUGCUUUGCAAUUCCUCUUUGGCAUACUUUGUGAACUUGACAAACUUCCUAGUCACCAAGCACACCAGCCCACUCACUCUCCAGGUUCUUGGAAAUGCGAAAGGGGCAGUUGCCGUUGUCGUCUCCAUCCUGAUAUUCAGAAACCCAGUAACCUUCAUGGGGAUGCUAGGCUACGGGAUAACAGUCACGGGCGUAGUUCUGUAUGGUGAGGCCAAGAAAAGAAGCAAGUGAAAAACAAAAGGAAUUUACUUCACCACAGCAGUUUGGCAGCUCCUGCGCUCUACGAAUGGUGAUUACAUUCUGCAUAUGCACAUCCAUCACUGCCACCCUGAUUUGUUCUGAACUUUUGAUUAAAUCAUUGAUGGGAUGAUGAUGAUGAAGUCGAUAAGUGAAAUCUUUUUCUACAUGCUCCAGAUGUGCAAUCUGGGAUCCUAAAGUGUAGGGGUUGGUGAUCGUCUUAGCUUAUCAUACAACGCUAGGUCAGAUGCAUUGAUGCUUUGUAACAAUGAUGUGUACUGUAAUCAGUUUAGGUGAGAUGCAAAAAUCAUGAUAAC